AUGAUGGUUGAACAGCAAGCCCUCGCCACAACAGUGAGAAAUUUGGAGCGUCAAAUGGGACAGCUUGCUAGUGCUCAAAAUACUAGACCAGCGGGAGCUCUUCCAAGUGACACUGAAGCCAAUCCUAGGGCGACCCUUAAUGCUGUGUCGUUGAGGAAUGGGAGACAACUAGAGGAAGUUCUAUCUAAAAAGAGGAAACAGGUGACUUUUAAUGAGAUGCCAGCCACUGUAGAAUCAACAUCAGAGAAAGCCAAGGAGCCAGAGAAGCCGGCUGGAGAGGCGGUGGCUGAGCAAUCCCCACAAUUGGUUGCAAGGCCACCACCUCCAUUCCCUCGAAGACUGCAGAAAUUACGAGAUCAUGCCGCAUAUAAAAAGUUUCUUGAUAUCUUGAAGAAGGUACAAAUUAAUAUUCCAUUGGUUGACAUCUUACAGGAAGUACCCAAAUAUGCAAAGUACAUCAAGGACAUUGUGGCGAAUAAAAGGAGGCUGACCGAGUUCGAGACUGUGGCACUCACUGAGGAGUGCAGUUCCAGAAUUCAAGGCAAGUUACCUCAGAAAUUGAAGGAUCCAGGUAGUUUCACUAUCCAAAUCACGAUUGGUAAACAUGCUGUUGGGCGAGCUCUAUGUGACCUUGGAGCAAGCAUCAAUUUGAUGCCGCUAUCUAUAUUCAGACAGUUGGGGUUGGGUGAACCACGCCCAACCACAGUUAUCUUACAGUUAGCUGACCGCUCCCUUGCUCAUCCUGAGGGAGUAAUUGAAGAUGUGCUUGUCCAAGUGGGGUCUUUUAUAUUCCCAGCUGAUUUCAUCAUCCUGGAUUACGAGCCUGAUCAGGAAGUCCCAUUUAUUUUGGGGCGUCCAUUCUUAGCCACGGGCCGAGCUAUUAUUGAUGUUUGUGAAAGAAUGAUGACGAUGAGAGUGGGUGAUCGAGUGGAGGUCUUCAACGUUUAUGGAGCACUCAAGUUACUAGCCCACUAUGAAGAAUUGUCCAUGAUCUCUGUGGUAGAAGGUCAUGCCACGUCGUUAGUACCUUAUAUGAGCCCUGCAGAUCCUGUUGAACGAGUAUUGAUUGGGGACUUAAAAAAUGGUGAAGAUGAUAGGAUGGGAGAAAUUGAGCAAGUGCUGGAUAUGUCAUGCAGUUAUGUACAUGGGAUUAGAAAAUUUGAAGAAUUGGACAGGCCUGUCACUCUGACCCUCCCCAGGCCAUCUAUUGAAGAAGCUCCGAAGCUAGAACUCAAGCCACUUCCAGCGCAUCUGCGCUAUGCUUAUUUGGGGAACUCAGAGACACUGCCCGUGAUUAUUUCAUCCAGCUUGACCAGCACUCAAGAAGAAAAAUUGCUCAGAGCCCUCUGCGAGCAUAAAAGGGCCAUUGGGUGGACUAUAGCUGACAUCAAGGGCAUUAGUCCAUCGUUUUGCAUGCAUAAAAUCUUUCUAGAGGACGGACACCGCCCCAGUGUAGAGCAGCAAAGGAGAUUAAAUCCCAUUAUGAAAGAGGUGGUGAAAAAAGAGUAA